AUGGACACUGGUAGCUCACCAUUUGCUAAGUCUAAAAGCAAACCGAGCACCAUGAGGCUGAUCCUGUGCCUUCUGCUGAUCACUCUGGCUGUUCCUUGCUAUGGACAAAGUGGCGGUUUUGUCUGUGAGGCUGUUUUGAGAGAAAGCCUGACCUUCGUACUAAGAAGUAGGGAUGCAUUAGAGAAAGAACUGAAUAAAUAUUCUGCACCUGCAGAGGCUGUUGAAGCAAAACUGAAGGUGAAGGAAUGUGUAGAUGAAACACUGGACUAUAAAAGCAGAUUGGCAGUAGGAGUCGCAUUGAAACAAAUUUUAAUUGAAUGUGGUGCGAAAGGAUUGCUGGAACAAUAUCUUCCUCUGUUUUCACUGGGGACUAGAUGA